GUUUUCCGGUCAUUUUAUCCCCACAGCGUAGGUAAUCGAUCUUCCAGUUUCUUCCUUCCACCCUUCCUUAUCCAAACAUUCUGUUCUUUUCAUCGGCACAGCCAUCCAAUCCACCGCCUCCACUUCCUGCACCGAUAAUCGUCAUUCUUUUCUUCAGGAUCGGAGCUGUCUCCCCCCGCGGCGGAGGCUGCGGUGGUGGUCGACACAAAUGAGUUUCUCCGCCUACCAUCGGUUCUGAUCUCCUACGCUCCUCCAAACCACUGCGCACUCCUCCAUCGUCGAUCACCUCAUGUCGACUGGAACCUAUCCGAUUCAUCGUUUUUCAGAGGUGACACUUUGCAUUCACUCUACUUUGUUUAUUCCACAGAGUCAUAUACAUCAGGGUACCCGUCGUCUUUUUUUACCUCGAUCACUACCACCAUCAGCCGCCUCAUCUGGACCUCAGAUUAGGGCUUGAUGAAGACCAUCGCUCCCACCGGACUCACUCAAACGAGAAUGGAGGAGGACGAUUGCAGACAAGCAUCACUGCUGGAAAUCGAUACCGUUAUGUUUUUUCCCGGAAAGUAUCGGAAGUCGAUUACAAGAAUUGGAAUCCUAUUACAUGGGUUAGCAAAAUCAGAUGAGGAUGAGAAGCUUAUCAGUUAUAUUACUAUAGAUGGAAGCCAUGGUUGUUCGACUUCAGUUCCAAAACUUGCUGGGUUACAAAGAUGUGGAAAAAGUUGUAGACUAAGAUGGAUUGAUUAUCUAAGACCGGGUCUUAAACGAGGAAACUUUACUUCACAAGAAGCCAUGCUCAUAACUGAUCUACACAGAACCUUGGCAAAUAAAUGGGCACAGAUAGCAAAACACUUACCAGGAAGAACAGAUAGUGCAAUCAAAAACUUCUGGAACUCCAACAAGAAAAGGAAGCUUCUUCCUCAUGCCAACUCCUCUGGUCAUACUAUUGCUGCUAACCUUAGAAAUAACAAAAUUCAGGUUCCUGGAAGCAAUGAGCAAGAUGAAGAGGGUUUGUUUAAUUUUAGGGCUUCUGCUGCUUCUUCUGUAUAA